UUACUUACCAGUCGAUAAACUCGUCAUAUUCCAUAAACACUAUCACGUGUUUUGAAUGUCACUUCGAGCAGUGAAGGACCGUAGAGAAACACUUCUCAAAAUGUACAGUGAGAGGGGUUUGUGCUGGGGGGUGUAAGAGGCAUUAAUGCAGAGUUCCAUACAAGGGUCCUGCUCCCUCCACCCAAACAAUAACCCCCUCCUUGAAAGCUAGCCCCACCCACUGCCUGAAGGGUCAACUCCUCUACUCAGGCGACAUGAACUGCCUGUGUCGCCUUCAUCGGAGUUCCGAUAUCAAAGCUCUGAUAAGGAUGUGUGGAAGAUACAGACUGUCACAAUGUCACGUUAAUAUUACGAAAGAAUUGUCUCCCUUUGGAAUCAACACAAAUCAAACUGCAAAUGUAUCAACACUACAGAAAAGGCAAAAGGUGACAGCUAACCAGGCGUCUGUGUUUCAGAAACAACAUGUUUUCAGGGAAGCUACAAGUGAUGCAGUAACAACUGAUCCUAAUUUUGAAAUAGAAAGAAUCUUUCAUUAUGUUCAAAGAGAACUGAAAGCAGGUAGGCUUACGGGGAAGGACUUCUCCAGUAUCAUUGAAGCCAUACAAAAAGCCAGAUACAGAGAGCUGUAUAGUGUUCCUUGGCUCUACUCCCACUCCCCGGAUGUAACAUUGAUGCAGAUAGUUUUAAAUAAGGAAGUGAAAGCGUUCCUCGGUCCUGUGCGUGAUCAUAUGACUAUGCAAGAGUUUCUGAGGGAAUUGACUCUACGAUCGUGUGAGAUUCCUCAUGAGGACUGCCUAAGUUUGUUGUUGCAUCUGAAGUAUUUGGGCAUGGAGAAAAACGAGGUUGUGAGCAAGCUUCUUGAUAGGAUUCAAACCAGGAUAGGACAAAUGGACAUUGAAAGUUUAGCCACACUUGCUGCGGGCUUGAGGAGUGUGAAUGAUGUAGAUGAGGAAAUACUUAAAAAAAUGAUGUCCAGAAUACAAGAACUGCUCGACGAAGGGUUCGAAAAGGUUGAUGAGCAGCUUGUGAGGAAUAUGUGUUUGUUUCACAUCUCUCAGACUCCUUGGUUGAGCUCACAACUGUCCAGCAGAGUACUGUUCAGUGUCGUCGAUAUGCUUCAAAAGUUACCAAAUGUGUCCAACUCUGACAUUUUAGGAGAUCUUCUUAGAUAUGCGAAGCGUCUUUUCCUAAUGCAUUCCAUGCCAAAAAAGACGAUAUUUCAGUUGGUGGACUAUGUUAUUUGUCAACUUCCAGAUCAUAUUGAUAGACUUGACUCUGGUGAUAUUGCAUCUUGUUGCAGAUGUUUAAAGUCAGUUCAUAGGUUUGACGGAGCAAUAGCCACCGAAUUGCAGAAAAGGAGCAUGGAGCUCUUUGAAUCAUCAUCAGCCACGAUAGAAAUCCGGGAUAUCGUGCAAGUGUGUCAGUCUUUCACCGCUCAUACACCUCAUCGAGUGAAAACUCGCAUAUAUCCUCUGCUGUUGAGUAAAAUGAAUGAUGCAGAUGUCUAUGCUCUCUCUUCUCUAGCGGAAAUAUUCCUUUACGCGGAGAUAGAUGACAAGAAUGUAAUGAUGGCCUUUCAAAAACAAUCUUUGCUUCUGUUUGACAAUCUGGCUACUUUCAAGUCAAGGUUUCUUAAAGUUCUCCGACUCCUAGUAAGGAGGGAAGCUGAAAAUGAAACUAUUCGAACCGAGCUUGUGGAGAAACUUAUUCAGCUUCAGGGAGAUGAAGUUCUCUUUAGACGGGCACUGAUGUACUCCAGCACGCUAAUUAUCCUUUCAAAUCUCAGGGAUGACUUGCCGGAAAAGUUUGUCAGAAAUUUACAAGCCAAUAUUUCUUGGUUGCAUCCAGAACAGAUAUGUUCAAUAAUGAUCCGGAUAAAAAAUCAACCAUUUGUGAAACAAAAUCCGAACCUGGUGCUUCAACUCCACCUGAGUCUUCAGAAACAAUUAUCGGAAAAGUUGGAGACUGUGAGAGAGUUUGAUAUGAUCAACCGAGUCAUUCAGGGAUUGUACCUUGACAGCUCUACCAAAGAUAUGACGCCUCUCCAAGUACUGAUGCCACACUUCGGUCAGGUGACCAAGUACCUGACCUCGACGCAGGUCUCCCCUCUUCUGGACACCCUUGAACAAGUUCUGUACUACGAUCCCCAGGUGUCGGAGAAUCUGGAAAUGUAUUUCCUUGACUAUGGGUGGAAAAUUAGCCCUAGUAUCGCUAGCAGGAUACUGGACUGGUUUGUUGUCGUUGGGUAUAACCCAAAGAACAUAGAGGCUUUCAGUGGAGUGUGCUGCGAGAUGAUGGAUACUGCUCUUCGGAAGAAUGAUGUUCAUGUGCAGGUGUCUCUGGCUCUGAACCUCUGUCGGUACCAGAUCUACCCCGAGGUGCAUCUCUGCCAAAUGUUCACUCUGGACUAUCUGCACAUGUUUGACAAGAUGCGAGAGGGUGCAAAGAAAAGUCUCGAGUCUUCAAUGAUGCUGCUGAACCGACACCUUGUGCUUGACUGCCCACACCUUGACAUCCCCUGGUUCCACGAGGACUUCUACGUCCAGUAUGAAAGUCACUACAACCGGUAUCCACGGAGACUGGAGUCAAUGGUUAAAGGUACCGUGGGAGGAAGGGAGUACUACAACACCAAGGUCUACACGCCCUACCAUCACUGCCUCGAUUUUGAGGUGUUGCUAGAUUCCAGUGGUCAGCCUAUGAGACACUCAUCCCCUGAAGAUGGUGAAGACCGAGAAUAUCAGAGAGUUGCUAUACUGUGGUAUGGGAAGGACAGCUAUCCCCUGAACAGCUACACGUUGGGCCACGACAAGACCAGCAAACAGCGCCACCUGGAAAUCCUUGGCUACAAAGUUAUCCCUGUGCCCUAUUAUGAAUGGCAGUCGAUGGGAGACAACAGAGAAUACCUCCCCAGGAAGAUACAGAAGUAGACAUGUCGUGUUCCUGCAUCUGUGAAUUCAAACAACUCUACAUCAUGCCCGAUGAUCAGAUUCAAAGCAAAAUUGUAGAAAAUGGCCUGAAGAUGACAUCCUUUUCUGCAUGUAUUUAUAUACAAUUGUGUUCAUAUGAAUAUGAGUGUCUAGUCAGUGGCCUGUUCAUGUGUGACUGCCUCCAUGGUCUAUUGCUAGAGCAUCCGCCCAGAGAGUGAAAGGUCCGGGGUUUGACACCCCGGCCUCAUCAUAUUAAAAGACAAUAAAAGAUGGUACCUCGGUACUUGUUGUUACCCUGCCUGGUGCUAGGCCACUCUGUACCAUACUUUUGUUUUGAGUCUGAUUAAAAAACACAACACUAAAACCACCCGGCCUCGUCAUAUUAAAAGACAAUAAAAGAUCAUACUUCGGUACUUGUUGUUACCCUGCCUGGCGCUAGGCCACUCUGUUUUGUUUUGAGUCUGAUUCAGAUAACACAACACUAAAACCAGCCGUCCAAUCCAUCUUUUAUGAUUUAAACAAACCGCGAUAUCAUCAGUACCGGCGUCAACUUUUGUGUGCCAUCUCAAAACAACCAUCUUGCCAUAUGACUUCCCUCCUAUCUUAGUUCUUGGGGAAACCUCUUAUCCAGCUAAAAGUUCAUAUUUAUGAUUAUGUUUCUAGGUUUGUCAGCACCAUACACGUGUUCAUGGGUUUCACCGAAGUGGUAAACGUUGGAGACCUACAUCACUUCGGGCUUUCCUCCAGCAUUAAGCUGUCACGCAGUGAUAUAACUGGAAUAAUGUUAAAAGCAGCGUUAAACGGAACUCACUCACUCACUCAUAUUUAUGAAAGUCUGAUUUGAUCAAAUACAUCAAGGACUCGCUUGGAAGAUUUAGAGUAGAUUUUAGCCAACUUCACAUUUAUAAGAGGCAUUUGAUUGGUUAUUGAUUUUAAGCUCUUGAGCAAGAGAGUGAGUGAGUGAGUAUCAUUUUACGGUGCUUUUAGCAAUAUUCCAGCAAUAUCACGGUAGGGGACACCAGAAAUGGGCUUCACACAUUGUACCCAUGUCGGGAAUCGAACCCGGGUCUUCGGCGUGACGAGCUAACACUUUAACCACUAGGCUACCCGACCGCCCCUUUGAGCAAGAGAAAUUUAGUGGCAAAUGGGUCCACUGUAAUAGAACAGAGAUUUAGGAAACCAGGCAAUCGAGGAUGAAGGGGAAUUUCGAUGAUGUGUGCUUCUAAAAAAUCACAAUGUGAUAAAACGUGAUAAAUCUACUGUUGUUUUCCCAGCAUAUCAAUAAUUUGAACAGAAUAAUGAUGCCUGGAUUUACACAACUUGCCAUUGCUGUUUUAUAUAUACUGUCAAGUACAAAUGCCAUGUGAAGUUUUAGAAAUAAAUACCAUUUUAUUUCUU